CAAUCCUCUGCCAGCCUCGCAAAAUGGUUGCCCCUUGUUGGAUAUUUUUUACCACCUCCAAGGCUCUCGAGACUUCCUGACCUCUCGAGAUUUUUCCCGUCGAGGCGAAUCGGGCACAUCAACCGCCUUUCUCGAAUCCGAUUCCUCCUAUAAAUGGCGCGGUGGAAAAACAGGUCGUUGUAUUCUGUCGCGUACGGGAAGCAUCCUCGGUCGCAGCUCCCAGUUAUAGCCCAGCCUCCCAGCUCGUGGCCUGGCGCCCAUGAACUUUGCUCGCCACGGCGCCCUCACCAAGCUCGGCUUCGCGACGCUGACCUGCAACUCGGCGCUCGCCAUCUACCGGUCGCGGGACGACCCGCGCGCCGUCGCGUUCGUCGCCGGCGCCUACGGGGCCAUCGCGCUGCUCUUCCACCUCCGCAGGUUCGAGCGCGGGGAGGAGGAAGAGGGCAGGACGACCAGGGCCGCGGUGUGGGCGCUGACGACGCUGCUCACGGCGAUGUUCGCGUCGCGGGUGGCCCCGCUGAUGCCGCCGGCCGUCGCCGCCCUGGUCUGGGUCAUGGCAGCCGGAACCGCCGGCGCGGGGUUCUGGGCCUUGGUCAUCCACCGGUGAGGCGCCGAGAAGUAGUGUCCAGCAUGGAAAUGGACGAUCGAACCGACUUUCAAUCUGUCCGACUGUAGCAAACAAUAUUGAUUUUGUGGUUCAUGUUGCUUGCUGCAACUGCUGUUGUGACUACGGAAAGAUUUUGAAAACUUUGUUUUGAGCAUGCAAACUGCCCUUGUACAGUACGUGCAAGUUGUGUGUAAUGGAGCUGCCUACAGAAGCCCUAGUAUUACUUAUCCUCUGCUGCAUCUGAAUUCUGGAACAGUUAUAUCUUCA